AUGAGUAAACCACUGGGUCCCAAGAACCAUGGCCUGUCCACCUACGAAAAAGAAUGCCUCGCUAUCUUGAUGGCCAUUGAACAGUGGCGUCCAUAUUUGCACACCGAUGAGUUCCUUAUCAGAACUGACCAAUGCAGCCUAGUUCACCUUGAUGAUCAACGGUUAUCAACUGUUUGGCAACAGAAGGUCUUUACCAAGCUAUUGGGGCUGCGUUACAAGAUUUUCUAUAGGUCCUGA